AAUAAGAAAUGAUUUAUUUAUAUAACCUUAGGUAUAUAGUAAGUAAAGGUUAAAGCCAUUUAAUGUUUUAAGAAACACUGCUAAAACCAUUAGAGGGUUACAUAAAUCCUUAUUGUUGGAGAUGUGUGUUUAGUUGUGAUCUUAACUCUCAGACAUCACAGGGUAGUAGUUAAGAGUAAAUAAACAACUAGGCAAAUCCAGAAUGUAGAUUAUUCUACAGAAGAAUUGUACCAAACUUAACCCUUGCUGCUGUCCCUGCCCCUCACCAAGAGAUGGGGAACUGUUUUGUAUUAAAGGAGACUAAAAAGAUGGGAUAAUUCAAUAUGAUUCAUGAACCUAAGUUAAAUCCUAAUUUGGGAAGGAAAACAGAUGUAAAAGGCCCAUAUGGGUGAUACUGUGGUUAACUUUCUUUGGUAUGGUUAUAGUUUUUGUGCACUUAUAGAAAAUAGGGUUUUUUUUCUUUCUUUUUUGACAAGAUCUCACUAUAUAGACUGGCCAGCCUGGCCCAAGCUGGCCUCAAAUUUGUAGUCCUCUUGCCUCUGCCUCCCAAGUGCUUGGGAUUACAUAUGUGUGCCACCAGCCUUCCAGAAGUUGGCCUUAUUAUAAUAUGCAUGCUGAAGUAUUUAUGAUGAAUACUUCAGAUGAAGUAUGUCUUCAUCUUAAAUGAUUCAGCUGUGUUAUGUGUACGUGCACGUGUGUGUAUAAACCAAAUGUGGCAAAAUGUUCAAACCCUGAAUUUGAAUCCUGGCAUUGCCAAUUUCAAGUAGGACCUUGGUCACUUUACUUACAAUUUCUGACCCAUUAUUGUUUCAUCUGUAGUAAUGUCUAACUUGUAAGACUGUUGUGAGUAUUGAAUAAGAUCAUAGGAUGAUACAGGUAGUCUCAGACGGAAUAGUAGUCUCAGUGUGAACAUCAACAAAUAUGACUGCUGCUGCUGUUAUUACUAUUCUGUAUUCAUCUUGUUGUCUGAUGCUUGGAAGACUCAAGAAUGAAAAACACAAAACAGAAGACCAGGCAAGGAGAGCUCUCCAAGCUACUAAGGAAGAUGAGCAGAAAUAAGAAUAAUAACAUUAUUAUUAUUAUUAAAUGAGAUCACAUAUGUGCUUAACCUUGCACACUGUCUAACUUGUAGUAGAUGUUCAUAAAUGUUAGUUUUUGUUAUUCCUCUUUCCUUCCUCAUUUUACAAAUAUGAAGAUUUUUUUUUGUCAUUUUUUAAAAUAUAACAUUUAUUGCUUAGAUGGUUUGAUACAGAACAGCUUUCUUUUCAUUCUGAAUUUGGAAGUUCUAUACAACUGAAUACAAAGAGGAACAAAAAGUACCAAAACCGAACUUGUGUUUCUCUGUUCAUGUGGCAUAAACCAGUUUUGUACAUAACAUGUAGCACCAGUUUUUAAGUUCCCUUUAGAAAAAUAUGAAUUCUGCACAUUUAUUGUUGUUUUCUGUUUAAUGCAUGGGCUGAAAUCACUGGGAUCAACUUCCUUCUUGAAGAGAGGAGAGGAAAGAGACGAAGGUAGAGUCUCAUGCUUUGCCUGGGGCCAGCAUUGGAUGGUGAUUCUCCUACCCAUACCUCCCAGUAGCUGUUAUUACAGUGGUACACCACUACGCCUAGCCUGUUGGUUCAUAUGGAUCUCAAUAACUUUUUGCUGGGAUUGGCCUCAAAUCACAGUCCUUCUGAUCUCCACCUCUCAAGUGGCUGAGAUUAGAGGUGUGCACUACCAGGCUGUAGAGAAAGAAAUGGCAGGUCCUAAUCAACUCUGCAUUCGCCGCUGGACUACCAAGCACGUAGCUGUGUGGCUGAAGGAUGAAGGCUUUUUUGAAUAUGUGGACAUUUUAUGCAAUAAGCACCGCCUUGAUGGAAUCACAUUGCUAACAUUGACUGAAUAUGAUCUAAGAUCUCCUCCUCUGGAAAUCAAAGUCCUAGGGGACAUUAAAAGGCUAAUGCUAUCAGUUAGAAAAUUGCAGAAAAUACAUACUGAUGUUUUAGAAGAAAUGGGCUACAGCAGUGACAGUCCUAUGGGUCCUAUGACCCCACUCAUCAGUGCUCUUCAGAGUGCAGACUGGCUCUGUAAUGGAGAGCCUUCACAUGACUGUGACGGACCCAUCACUGACUUGAAUUCUGAUCAGUACCAGUACAUGAAUGGCAAAAACAAACAUUCUGUCCGAAGAUUGGACCCAGAGUACUGGAAGACUAUACUGAGUUGUAUAUAUGUUUUCAUAGUGUUUGGAUUUACAUCUUUCAUUAUGGUGAUAGUCCAUGAGCGAGUGCCUGACAUGCAGACCUAUCCACCACUCCCAGAUAUAUUCUUAGACAGCGUUCCUAGAAUCCCAUGGGCCUUUGCCAUGACUGAAGUAUGUGGCAUGAUUCUGUGCUAUAUUUGGAUCCUGGUUCUUCUUCUUCACAAGCACAGGUCAAUCCUUCUGCGAAGGCUCUGUAGUCUGAUGGGCACUGUGUUCUUGCUUCGCUGCUUUACCAUGUUUGUGACCUCCCUCUCCGUGCCAGGACAGCACCUGCAGUGUACUGGAAAGAUAUAUGGCAGUGUAUGGGAGAAAUUACACCGGGCCUUUGCCAUUUGGAGUGGCUUUGGUAUGACCCUGACUGGCGUUCACACUUGUGGAGAUUACAUGUUCAGUGGUCACACAGUUGUCUUAACAAUGCUGAAUUUCUUUGUCACCGAAUAUACACCAAGAAGCUGGAAUUUCUUGCACACUUUAUCCUGGGUUCUCAACCUCUUUGGAAUCUUCUUCAUCUUGGCUGCCCAUGAACAUUAUUCCAUUGAUGUGUUUAUUGCCUUUUAUAUCACAACAAGACUCUUUUUGUACUACCAUACUCUGGCCAAUACCAGAGCUUAUCAGCAGAGUAGGAGAGCAAGAAUUUGGUUUCCCAUGUUUUCUUUUUUUGAAUGCAAUGUUAAUGGCACAGUACCUAAUGAAUAUUGUUGGCCAUUUUCAAAACCAGCAAUAAUGAAAAGAUUAAUUGGAUGAAGACUUUAUCUUUGCAAUGAGUUUGUGGUUAAAUACUCGGUAGUUUGUUGAAAAUGA